AUGUCUGGGGAGGUUAGGUCUAGUGAGUUGGAAAUGGGUUUAUCUUCGUCUAAUGAUUGUGAGGUUCCCGAGGUUACUUCCCCUUCUACUCCCUAUAAUGCUUGGAACAUCCCAUGUGCCCUCUUAGGGAAAGAUGAGAAGCGAAUCAGGGAUAGGUUUCAAUUUCCUGAUUCGGCACAAUUAGUGCCUAAUGCUUGGCGGAUCGUCAUUUCUUAUAUGGUGGUAUGGAUGUCUGCCAAUGAUGGGGAUGUCAUCAAGAAAGAUGAAUUUCUCCACUUUUAUUAUUUGAGAAAGUCCAAAGACCCUGGCUACUAUGAAUUUAAGCCUUGGGAUAGGGCUUCUAGGUUAAUACUUGACUCUCCAUCGUCCCUCAAAAAUUGGAAACCAAACUUCUUCUUUAUUUCGGGCAGUGGCUGGGAGCUCAUCCUUGUUCCUCAACACCCUUGUCUAAAGAAAAGAUAUCACAGUCAUGUUGAGAAGGUGAAAGAAUACUUGGAGACUAUCAAAGAUUUUGACAAGCUCGUCUCUUCCCAAUCACUACUCCUUCAUUUUCUUGGUCCAGAACCAUCUAGUAAGGUUCGGAAAAACCUCAAAGUUGUGGAAAAGAAUGAGUGUUCCAUUUUCUAUGAAAAGAAGGCAAAAGGCUGCCUCGUCAGUGGCCUUCUAUCAAGGAAACGUUUGAAGGUGGGCGAUGUGUUUAAAGACAACCCCAUAGUGACUCCUCCCUCUGCCCAUUCACUUGCUAAGCGUCCUGCCUCCCUUACCUCGUCUUUGGAAGUGAUUGCUUCCGUAGUGGAGGAAACCAAGAAGAAGAAGAAGAAGGUUGCUAGCAAGUCUUUUCUCCCAAUUUUCUGGGAUGAUGCCGACGCUGCUGCCUUGAAGGCUCACGAGGCACUCUUUGUGGAUGACCUAAUUCCUUUGAUGGCAAAGUCGUCCAAUGAAGUGAUGUCGUCUCAUAUCCAGAAGCUUGUGCAAGCUUUGAGGGAGUCCUUGUUCGUCUCUAGGAAGCUUCUAGAUUUGAAAAGGAGGGUGAUCAUGACUGAGCCUAUGAUCAAAUUCCUCUUUACUGAGAAUGAGACACUCAAGAACAAAGUUGUCAUCCUUACAGUUGAGGUUGAGAAUGACAAAAAAUGUGUGGCAGCUUUGGAGAAGAAACUUCAAGUGGAGAAGGACAUUUGUAAGCUAAAGGACAAACAAAUAGGUGAUUUGCAGUUCAAGUUGCAAAAAGCUGGGGCCGACUCUUACUCAGACGAGUUGUGUGAGUAUUACAUGGAGGGUUUUGAGCUCUUUAAAAUAUGGAUGGCAAAGCAUCACCCAAAUUUGAACCUUUCUGGCCUUGUCAUGGGUGAGGUUAAGAAGGAACUACUGGCUAAUCGUCCUUCCAAGGCUACAGCUGAGAAUGUGAUAGAAAAGGCCACGACCAUAACUGAGGUGACAGAAGAAGCCAUGACCAUAACUCCUGCAGAUCCAGCUCCUAAUGAACAGUGA